AUGUUAAACCAAUUAAAGCCUGGAUUAAACCCGACUUCAAUAUCUUGUGAUUUUGAGCAAGCAAUUCUAAAAUCCAUAAAAACUGAAUUUCCUAGUACUGAAAUAUAUGGUUGUCUUUAUCAUUUUUCAAAAAAUGUUUAUAAAAAAUUGUGUGACUUGGGGAUUGUGUCAAAUUAUCGAAAUAAUUCUGAUUUUUCAAUAUUGGUUAAAAUGGUUGUAGCAUUGACAUUUAUUCCAAUUAAUGAUAUUGAUUUGGCAAUCGAAUCUUUGGCAGGAUACUUACCAGACGAAUUACAACCCUUACUAGAUUGGUUUGAAGACAAUUAUGUGGGACGAAUUAAUAGAAAUCGAAGAGGUCGUCGAUUACCUUUAUUUCCACCUAAUAUUUGGAACAUGUAUAACAAAGUUUUGAAUGGAAAAAACAGAACCAACAAUCACGCCGAAGCUGCUAAUCGAAGACUAAACAUGGAGAUGGGCGUUAACCAUCCAAGUUUGCGGUCUUUUAUAACGUGUCUUCGAAAAGUACAGUCAGGUAGAGACUUUUAUUAUAGUCAAUUAGAAGCUGGAAAUAGUCCACCUAAAAAAUUAAAAAAAUAUAUUGAUGUUGAUAAGAGGAUUUUAAAAAUUGUUCAAAAUUAUGAACAGAGUGGAAUUUUGUCAUUUUUGAGAGGGAUAGCCCAAAAUAUUUCUGUACAGUAACUUAGUAAUUAUCACAUUUUUAAUUGUAUUGUAAUUUGUAUUUUUUAAUAACUGUUUUAGAUUUUUAAUUGUAUUAUAUGUAUACCCUAGUAUAA